GAGGCCAAGAGAGAGCCCUGCGUGGGGCCCAAUGAGGACACUGCUGACCAUCCUGGCUGUGGGAUCCCUGGCUGCUCACAUUGCCGAGGACAACUCAGAUCUUCUUCAGCACGUGAAAUUCCAGUCCAGCAACUUCGAAAACAUCCUGACGUGGGACAGCAGGCUGGAGGACACCUCAGGCAUGGUCUACAGCAUCGAGUAUAAGAUGUAUGGGGAGGCAGAGUGGUUGGCAAAGGAGGGCUGCCAGCGGAUCACCCAGAAGUCCUGCGACCUGACAGCAGAGACGGGCAACUACAUGGAGUUCUACUAUGCCAGGGUCAUUGCCGUCAGCGCGGGAGGCCGCUCGGCCACCAAGAUGACUGAUAGGUUCAACCCAAUUCGACACACUACCAUCAAACCACCUGAGGUGACCUGUAUCCCCAAAGUGAGAUCCAUUCAGAUGAUUGUCCAUCCUACCCCCACACCCAUCCAUGCAAGGGACGGCCACCGGCUAACUCUGGAGGAUAUCUAUGACCUGUCCUACUGCUUAGAGCUCCACGUCAAUGACACCUACCAAAUGCACCUUGGAGGGAAGCAGAGAGAAUACGAGUUCUUCAGCCUGACCCCCGACACGGAGUUCCUCGGGACUAUCACGAUGGAUGCGCAUCAGCUGUCCAAGCAGAGUGCCCCCUACGUGUGCCGAGUGAAGACACUGCCAGAUCGGACGUGGACCUACUCCUUCUCGGGCGUUCUCCUGUUCUCCAUGGGCUUCCUCGUUGCGGUGCUCUGCUAUCUGAGCUACAGAUAUGUCACCAAGCCACCUGUGCCUCCCAACUCCCUGAAUGUUCAGCGAGUACUGACGUUCCAGCCACUGCGCUUCAUCCAGGAGCACGUCCUGAUCCCCAUCUUUGACCUCAGCAGCUCCAGCAGUCUGGCCCAGCCCGUCCAGUAUUCCCAGGUCAAGGUGUCCAGGACCAGGGAGCCCCCAGGAGCUCCACAGCAGCACAGCCUGUCUGAGAUCACCUACUUAAGGCAGCCAGACACCUCCACCCUCCAGUCUUCCAGUGUGCCACCGCCCCAGACGUUCUCCCCACAGCCCUACACCCCUGAGGUUGGGUCUCCAUCCUACGCACCCCAGGUGGCCCCCGAAGCUAAGCCCCCAGUCUACACUCCACAGGCCAUCUCUAAGGUCCAGCCUCCCUCCUACACCCCCCAGGCUGCUCAGGACAGUUGGCCGCCUUCCUAUGGGGUAUGCAUGGAGGGCUCUGGCAAGGACUCUCCCCCUGGGACACCCCAACUCCUUAGGCCUAAAGGUCCACUCCAGAAAGAGGCACCAGCUGGAAGCUGCCUCCCACGUGGCCUUUCUCUGCAGGAAGUGACUGCCUUGGCUAUGGAGGGGCCCCAAGAAGCAAAAUCAUCCCACCAGCCUCUGGGGGGUUGCAUGGAUGGUACACCUGACCCAAAUGUGCCACACAGCGGGCACCUGGAGGAAUCACAGUACCUAAAGGGCCAGCUCCCCCUCCUCUCCUCCGUCCAGAUCGAGGGACACCCCAUGUCCCUCCCUCUACAUGCGCCCUCCCUCCCAUGUUCCCCCUCAGACCAGGGUCCGAGUCCCUGGGGCAUGCUGGAGUCCCUUGUGUGUCCCAAGGAUGAGGCCAAGAGCCCAGUGCCUGGAGCCUCAGACCUGGAGCCAUCCACAGAGCUGGAUUCUCUGUUCAGAGGCCUGGCCCUGACCGUGCAGUGGGAGUCCUGA